AUGAUGCUGGACAACAAGCGCCAGUACCGCACAAAGCACAACUUGGGGAUCACGAUGAUGCUGGACAACAAGCGCCAGUACCGCACAAAGCACAACUUGGUGCGCAACGCAGCGAGGAAGACGUAAGGGGUCGAACGCGGGCGGGUUGCGGUGGAGGGUGGGUGGAUCCCGAGGACGUACUACGUGGAUGAUGGACGAGACGAGGCAAUGCGGCGGUGGUGGCCUUUGAGGAGCGUGGGCCGUGGCCGGGGCGGGGAAUGUGGACAACGGUGGUCGGGAAUGCAACGCCUUUGGUGGGGUAGGGCGGGGGGGGGGGGAAAGGGAAGGGAAGGCGAACGGGCGGGGGAGCAGUUUUUUUUUAAGGGGGGAGAGGGUCGGGCGCCAAAUCCACAUGCGCCUCUACGAGGACGUGGAGAGAAUUUUGCGGAAGUCGUGUUUUAUGCGUUACAAACAUCAUCAACCGGGGUAAUGCCUGAGUGGUGUCCAGUUAGAUUUCGUAUUUCGUGUUUCGUUUUGUUUCGGUAAGUGUUGUCGCUUUUCAUGACGUCGUUUGUUUGGGUGUCAUUCCUGCGUUGUGCAUCUCUUGCGCGAGAAAAUUCGAAUGUUGCAGAGAGGUCGAAGGAGAUUGUAGGUUUCAAAACGCAUUUAUUUUACAACGUUGGGCGUGUAGGGUAAGGGUCAGCACCCUCCCCCCUGUGUCGGGGAAUUUAAUUUGUUCAUGUCAUAGUUGCGUAAUGCGCGAUGGUAACAGAGUUUUUUUUUUUUUGACCUCACGAUGUUGUCUCUAGGGAGAAAGUAUUGCCGGAACGGCAUCAUGGCGUAGACGGUCAGCUCCCACAGCCCGGGAUAACCAUAUCGAGAAUGGAUCCGCGUUCAAAACGUUUUUUACGUUGUAUUUGACUACGUUCGCGUCGUGAGGAGACGUUGUUUCCGAAGCAUCUACGAAUGCAGACGUUGGUUGGUGAUAAACCCACCGACCAACAAUAGCAUGUGGUACUGCUGUACGUGGCUUAAAAAAAUGAACUUUGGUCGUGCGCCA